GACGAGCCACACACAAAAUAGAAAAAAAAAAUCUGAUCAAAUCGUGUUCAGUGUCUUAACACGGUAGACAUUGUCGUUGAGUGUAUGUUAUCUCGUCGAGUGUUUCACAAUACUCCCCGUGAACAUAACUCUUAAAUUUGGACUUCUAGCCAAAUUAGAGGCUAGAAAUAAAAUUAAAAUUAGUGUUAUCAUUUUUUUUUCCUAUCAUAUCUGAAUGCAAACAUGAAACAUUGCAUUUAAAAAUUAUUUUAUUUUUUUUUUUACAUAUUCCGCGCGCGCCUCUCUCUAAUGUUCUUUUCAGUCAACAUUUGCUAAUAACCAUAUUGGAUUUUAUAUUAUAGUGCCUUGUCGUCCUAUCUCAUCAAACACACACGGGUAACUUUUUUCCUUAUAUAUGAUCAUAUCUAAUUGUUUAUUCGCGGAAGUUUCAAACAAUAUUGAUCCUGAAUAAAUAAGAAUGUUUGCAAAGUUGUCGUAUGAAUUCAAUUAUUAACAUUUUUACCGGCUCAUGUGACUUUCCUGCUGCAUUGAAAACUUAACCUCAAUUUUUAUUGCCGGGUUCACGCGGAUAAUAUCUAUCUAUAUAUAUAUAAUAUAAAAAAAGUGCGCUAUUUAUUGAUUGUGUUUCGUGAAAUAAAAUUUAUUUUAACGAAUUUCUGGCAGUGAAUUACAUUGGAUUUUACUUGUUGCUGAUUUAGUAAUAGGAAAGGAAAAUGGACUAUAGAGAAGUAACUCUACCAAAUUAUUCGUAUGUAUUCAAUUUUGAGGAAAAAUUUAUUCAUCAGGACACAAGAAUAUGGAUGAGAAAAAAUUGGACAAAUGGUUUUUACUUUUGUGCAAUAUACAUGAUAUUAAUAUUUGGCGGUCAACAUUUUAUGGCAAGCCGACCUAAAUAUAAUCUAAGGGGUGUCCUGAGUUUAUGGAAUACUCUAUUAGCAUCCUUUUCAAUUAUUGGAUUCACUAGAACUGCUCCUGAAUUGAUUCACACAUUGAGAAAUUAUGGCCUUUACCAUAGUGUCUGCAUACCAAGUUUCAUCGAGCAAGAUCGUGUCUCUGGAUUCUGGACAUGGAUGUUUGUACUAUCAAAAUUACCAGAACUCGGUGACACAGUGUUUAUAGUUCUUCGUAAGCAACCAUUAAUUUUCCUCCAUUGGUAUCAUCAUAUCACCGUUUUACUUUAUUCAUGGUUCUCAUAUACCGAAUACACGGCAUCGGCACGAUGGUUUGUUGUAAUGAAUUAUUUUGUUCAUUCAAUAAUGUACACGUACUAUGCAUUAAGAGCAAUGCGUUAUUCACCUCCAAAAUUCAUUUCAAUGGUAAUUACGGCCUUACAAUUAAGUCAAAUGGUAGUUGGUUGCGCAAUUAACGUUUGGGCCUAUCAAUAUCUCGAAAGUAGCCAAACCGAGUGCCACAUAACGAGUCUCAAUAUUAAAUACAGUUUAACAAUGUAUUUCAGUUAUUUUGUAUUGUUCGCGAGGUUCUUCCAUAAAGCUUAUUUGGGUGGCUCGCGAACUAAAUCCGAGAGGAAACUCUAUACAAAUGGUGCUCCUCAUAUCGCUGCCGAUUUUAGUAAUAGCAAGCUCAAAGCUAAUUAAAUUUAAAAAGAAAAUGAAUUUAAAAAAAAAAAAGUAAAGAAAAAAAAAACAUAAAAUUGAAAAACAAAAAAGCCAAUAUUUGCUAAUAGCAUUUAACGAUUUAAUAAUUACGAGUUCAAAUACCAAGAGCCUUAAACCAAAGCCAAUAAUUAAAAAAAAAAUAAUAAUAAUAAUAAAAAUGCUACUUUUCUUUCUUCCUCUCUUGGUUGGAAUUGACUCAAUUUGAUAGACAAACACUAACACAAUAUUUAAAUUAUUCACUCAGAGAAAAAAUUGCCAAUUUUUAUGUAAUCGGGCAAUUUUCUUGUUUUGAAUCGGAAUUUUAUUUUGCUUCUUUUUCGUUUCGAAUAUUUUUCGUUUUUUUUUUGUCACCUUUCAGGUGUUAUAAUUUUGAAUUAAUUAAGUUAAGUGCUCUAGUUAUUGGCAGUUUUUUUUUUUUAAUUUGAGAAUUUUAUUAUAAUUUAUUAUUUGUAUGAAAAUAAUUAUUUAAAAUUGAAAAAACAAUAAUGUUUAAAAAAAUAUUUUUUCUAAUUUUUAACUGACGAUAAUUAAUUCUGGGGCAUUUAUCUUAAUUUAAAUUUUUUAUAUCGAAAAAAAAAAAUUUUCUAAAAAUGUUAAAUAUUAAAUUUUUUUAAAAUAAAAUUCUUAUUUUUUUGCAAGUUUCAAUUUUAGUGUUAAAAAAAAAAUUAAUAUAAAAAUGAAUUUUUGUAAAAGAGAAUUUUUUUUUUUUUUUUUUUUUUUUUUGAGUUAAGAUAAGGAAUGACUGGAAUAACGGCGAGUAAGAUCGAAAAUUAAGUAGUAUAUGGGAUGAGGUGAGACCUUGACAGUGGGAGUGGUCUUGAGAUUCAAAAACAUCCGUUACCUCACAUUCAAGCUGAAAAAUUCUGACGUAAGAAAAAUCGUGUGACAAGAAUCGCGUGACAUUUUCUAUACAUAUAUAUAUAUAUAUAUUUAUUUAUUUUUUAGGGAAAAAUUCAAGCACUGUUUAAAAAAAAAAUCAAGAAAAUUUUUAAAAAUAUAAUUCUCUUGAAAAAAUAGUUUUUUUCUGCAUAUUUUCUACAAUUUUUUUUUCGUCGAAUUAUACGUAAUUUUCUCGUAUUUUUAAUUAUUAAUUAUUAAUUAAUAUAAUUACAAUUUAUAUUCACUUUUUUUCUACUGUUAUUUACAAUAAUUAUUACAUAAUUCUUCGAGGAUUAUAAUUAAUAAUUCUUUUUAGAGUUAAUUGAAAAAUGCGAGAGAAAAAAAAAUUAUUUUCGGCCACAUUUGUCUGAAUAGUAAAAUAAAAAAAAAAUUUGUUUUUUGAAGGAAAAAGUAAAUUGUUAAAAAAUAUUUUUAUAUACAUUUUUUUAAUUCCAUACGUUCGAUUUUAUAAUUAUAAAUUUGUUGAAUUAAAAUUUUUCAAUAUAUUGAUAUGAAAAAUGGAAAAAUUAUAUGUACAUUGAUUUUUUUUCCUAUUAAUUUAUUGAAGAAUUUUUUUUUUUUUUUUUUUGAAUACAAUAUAAUAAAAGCAGCUAAUCUAGUUUUGUCUUAUCUAAAAUUACCAACAAUUCCAGUAGUAAAAAAAAAUAUUAUGCAAAGUUUGUAUUUGAUAACAUUAAUUCUCUUUAAGAAAAAAAAAAUGAUUUAAGUCAUAUUUUUCCUUUUUUUUUUUUGCCAAUUCAAAUUUGUAAAUUAUUUUUGACAUAUUAAAAAUUGGAUUUAGAAAAAAAAUGUUAGAAAAAAUAAUACGAAAAUUAAAAUUGACAAAACAAUUGUAAAAAAAUUAUUAUAAUUAAAAGAAAAUUGUUAAAAAAAAUGUAAAAUUUUUUUUUUAUUUUUAAUAAAAUACCGAAAAAUAGUUUUUUUUAAACCGUAAUUAAAAAUCAAAAUCGAAGAAAUCUGAGUUUAAAUUUUAUAUAUAUAUAUAUAUAUAUAUACACAUACAGAAACUAGAAAGUAAGAAAGAGAGAGAAAUGUUUUCCCUUUAUCUCUUGGACACGAUUUUCCAUUCAUAUAUUGGAGAGACCUUUUAAUGGUAUUCAUGGUUUUCGAAGCUGACUUUCUUUAUUAAUGUUGCGCCUAUUUUUUGAACAAGUGUGAUACUUAGGGACGCAUGAAUAAGUUUUAAAAAUCAAUUGUUAGAAUUUUCAUUUAAUUUAAAAUCAAUUGUUAGAAUUUUCAUUUAAUUAAAUUUCAUUGGAUAUAAUUUUCAUUGAUCCGAAUUUUAUUUUUUACUUUCAAUAAUUUUAAACAAUAUAACAAAUAAAAAUUUUUAAAAAAACAAUUUUUUGUUGUUGAAAUUUUUAAAUAAUUUUGGAUAAAAUACAUUUUAAAAAAAUUUUAAUCAAAAAAAAUUUUCAAAAUCCAUUAUUUUUAAAAAUCUUAACUGUAACUAUUACAAAAUUCAAUUAUUUCUUAAAUUGUUUUCUAAUAUUCGUAGCUAAAUUAAUUAUUUUUAAUGAUUUUAAUCAAGUUUUUGAAAAAUUCAAUUAUUUUAAACAAUAUGCAAUUAAAAAUUUUCUAAAAUUCAAUUACUUUUUAAAAAUUCGUAAACAAAAUAAAUUUACAAAAAUUUUAAUAAAAAAAAAGCUUCAAAUUACAAUUUUUUUUUAAAUUUUGACUGUAAUAUUCCAAAGUACAAUUAUUUUUAAAAUUCUUAGGUAAAUUAAUUAUUUUCAAUGAUUUUAAUCAAGUUUUUCAAAAAUUCAAUUAUGGUAAACAAUAUUUAAUUAAAAGUUUAAAAAAAAACAAAUUUUUUUUUUGUAAUUCGUACAUAAUUACAAUUACAAUUUUAUAAUUUUGCAUAACUCGAACAAAUAAAAUUCGGUUCAAUGGAAAUUAUACAUCUAAUGAAAUUCGAUUAAAUUAAAAUUCUAACAAUUUUUAGAAUUUACUCCUGCGUCUCAAUAAAUAAAUAUUUCAAUUUUUUUCUUUGGUUUCUAUUUAAAUCUUCUCAGCACAAAUUCUUUUUAGAAACUCAUUUUUUACGCUAGUUUAUUAUUUAUCGAGAGAUAAUGACACAAAAAAAUUUCAAAGUGGACACUUUGUCUUCAACUUUUCAAUGCAAAUUUAUUUAAAAAAAAAAAAAAAAAUAUAUUAAAGCGUUGUCAUGUUAAAUAAAGAUAUUUUUUUCACUUAUUCAGUUUUUCUUUAAUUUAAUCAAUUUUUGUCAGUUAUUACUGUUUGAAUAAUAACAAGUAUUAUAUUUUAUAUUCGAUAAUGGUAAUAAUAAUUUUUUAUUUAUUAAUGAAACAUUGAAAUUGUGAUUAAAAAAAAAAAAAAAAAAACAAAGAGAAAUAAUAAUUUAGUAUAUCAUUUUGAACGAGAUAAAAAUGGUAAUUUGUAUAAUGAAUAUUACAGUGUUGCGAGUGUGAAUUAUAUCCGACCAAAAGUUUAAAAUAGGAAGUGCAUAAGGUAUAUAGAUAGAAAUAUGUAACUUAUACAAAUAUUAGUAUUCAGAUUGUCUUACGUGAAUGUUUUUGAGACUCGCGCAAAGUAAAAGUCGUGCCCCAUAUUUUACAUACAAUAGUUUUCAUUAAUGAAUUUUUAAUUAAUGAAAGAAAAAAUAUAAAUUUUUAAUUAACGAAUAUGAAAAAAAAAAUGAAUUUUCACUUAUGCAUUUUUAAUGCAUUUGGAAAAUUAAUUUCAUUUUCAUAAAAAAAAAAACACAAAAAACAAUUUGAUAAUAAAAUUUACUUCGAAAUCUAUGUUAACUCUGUUAUUAUUAUUUCAUCUGUUUGUGAUAAAUUAAUAAAAAAAAAAGAAAAGAAAAAUAUUUUGUUAUAUCUCUACCUUAUAAAUAAUAAUAUUAAUAUUAUUAAGGAUUCAAGAAAUAAAUCGAAAUUCGCAAACUUAAUUUAGAUUUUAAAAAAUUAAUUCUGUUGUCAAUUUUAUAAUUUAUAAUAUUAAAAAAAUAAUUUAAUAAUUAUGAAUUAAAAAAUUAAUAAUUUUUUCUGUUAGUGAAUAUUUUUCUUUUCUUAAUAUGAUUAAAUGCGUUUUAUUACGAGUUUUGCUAAUUAGAUUGUCAAGAGAAACAGAAAAAAAAAAUAAGAAUGAUUACACAUUAUUUAACUCUAAUUUAUAUACAAUUAUGUAAUAAUAAAUAGGUGGUGAUAUUUUAUAAAAAAAAAUUUUUUUUUUUUCGUUUUUAUAGGUUUACGCACACUCUUCGUUAUAUUUAUUACAUAUACUGCAAAUGUGUGGGAUUAUUGUUAAAGAUGUAUUCUCUUUAAAAGCCAGUAUAUUUAUUUAAAAAAAAAAAAUGAAUGAAAAAAAGUAUUUCUACGUAAGAUAUAAAAAAUCUGGCAGCCCCCUGCGGGGGCGGCCACAUUCUCAUCACGCGCUUCGCGCGUAGGGGCUCGCUUCGCUCGCUAGUUUGAGCGCGCCCCGGGGCGCGCGAAGGAUAAUCGUCCCGCUUCGCGGUCCGAUAUUAUUACGCGCUUCGCGCGUUUUGUUUGUUUAUUACAAUUCAAAACCUAUUAGCAUUAAUUACUUUUUAACUACACUCUGUAAUACAAAAAUUUUCCUAUUAAAUUUAAAAAUUGUAUUAAUUGUA